AAAGUUUGUACCAUCAUGGGUCGCCGAAAGAUUGAGAUCGAGAUGGUGAAGGAUACCAAUGCGAGGCAAGUAACCUUCUCAAAACGUCGAAAUGGGCUCUUCAAGAAGGCAAAUGAACUUGCAACUCUAUGCGCAGCACAAAUUGCCAUUAUUGUCUUUUCACCGGGAGGCAAGCCGUUUUCAUUUGGAAACCCUAAUGUCGAUGCUGUUACCAGUCGCUUUCUAAAUGAGGACUGCUCCAUUGAGGUUAAUCCUGAGCGACAAGUUAGAGUUGAAAAACUUAAUGAGGAACUGACUACUCUCCUAAUGCAACUUCAUAUGGAGAAGAUGCGAGGAAAGAUGUUGGACAAGACUCUCAAAGAAAGUGGAGCAUCAAAAAACUUACUAAACAUCAAUGAAAUGAGCUAUGAUGAGCUCUUGAAGCUGAAGGCCAAGUUGGAAGAGCUUAAAAAGAUUGUGAAAGGGCAUAUUAAUGAGAUUGAGGCAUCGUCUUCAUUACUGCUCUUGAAUCAGGCUGCUCCUAAAAAAGAUGAUAAAUAGAGUAGGGUUCAUGGCCAAAAAAAGAAACUGCGGAUGUUUUAUGCCAUCUGUAUGAGCUUAGAUUUAAAUGAAAUAGAUGGUUAAUUUCUAUUUGAAUAAAAACAAUUCUUGAGUUUUUCUUUCU